AUGAAGUUCGAACGACCCCCUUCGCCCCUUGCCCUCGCUGACGGGAGGCUUGAAAUCAAAAUGGGGGAAGCUGGUGAUGUUUAUAAUGACAACAGUUCUAACAAAGCCUCCAGAAAAGAGAGGCAUACGUCGAACCCCAUGUCAAGGGAGAUUGAUGAGCCAAACCAAAAGUCUUACAACAGACUCAAGGGCCAUGGAAACAGAUCACAUGGCAAAGAAAGCCAAAUGCAACCCGUUAUCCCCAAGACAUUCCUUCCCCCAACCCCAGACGCUACUCCACGAUCACUCUUCAAACCUCUCGUCUUCGUAUCCGAGGGCAGGCCUUCGAUACGCCGAUUUGUUGGAAGAGAGAACUACUACCAAUGCCUGGUAUAUACAGCUGGCGCAUGCCAUGACAAUUGGAAGGGAGAUGAGAACUAUGCUAAGGCAGGAUGGUCAUUCGUAUACAGGCCCCAGAAUCCAUCACGCAACAUCACCGGUGGGGUUGCUGGUCGCCUCGAGAUGACGGGCCCAACUAAGGUCUACCAUAGGCAGACAAGCACUCGUGCAGAACUGCGAGCUGUGAUUGCGGCCUUGAAAUAUCUGUCUCAUGAUGGGAAUACGUUUGACAGCUUGGUUAUUGCUACGGACUCGAGUUAUGUUGUCAACGGUGCAACACUCUGGAUCCGCAAGUGGCUCUCGAAGGGUUGGAGAAGUGCUAUUGGGAAACCAAUCAAGAAUAAGGACUUAUGGGAGGCCCUCCUGAAGGAAGUGAGGUGUUGGUAUGAGGAGGGAAGAGAAAUCUAUCUGUGGCACAUUGAUCGGUUGCACAAUCAGGAUGCAGUUAGACUGGCUAACUGGGCGACUGUCCCAGACUCGGCUCCUAUUCAGUUCGAGGAGGAUAUUUCUCAUUCUGGAUGA